GAAGCAAUAGCUGCACUAUCCAUGGCUGCUUCACCGCCGCUCCGUCACGUGGCCAUGUUCCCCUUCAUGGCGAAAGGCCACGCCAUGCCGCUCCUCCACCUCGCGCGCCUCCUUCUUGGCCGCCGCCUCGCCUCGGCCGUCACCUUCUUCACCACCCCGCGCAACGCGCCCUUCAUCCGCGCGGGCCUCACCGGCGCCGCGGUCAUCGAGCUUCCGUUCCCCUCCGAGGACGCCCCGCAGUGCACGGACGAGCUCCCGUCGUCGACGCAUCUCGUCGACUUCGUCUCCGCAAUGACGGUGCUCGGCCCGGCGUUCGCGGACGCGCUGGCCGCGGUCGAGCCCAGGCCGGACCUGCUCAUCCACGACGGGUUCAUCGUGUGGGCCAAGGACAUCGCCGACGAGCUCGGCAUGCCGCGGAUCGUCACCCUCGGCAUCGGCAGCUUCUCCUCGUACGUAUGCGGGGCGGUCAUGACGCACAAGCCGCAGGCGCUCGUGAGCUCGCCGACCGAGCCGUUCCCGGUCCACGGCUUGCCGGACCUCCGCAUCACCAUUGCCGACCUCGGCCCGCCCUUCGACGACCCGGAGCCGGCUGGCCCGCACUGGGACUUCGUGUGUGAGAGCUGCAGCAGCAUGUACUCCAGCAGGGGCAUCAUCGCCAACUCCUUCAGCGAGCUCGAGUCGGUCUACAUCGACAUGUGGAACCGGGAGUUCGAUAUCAAGAUGUGGCCGAUCGGACCGCUCUGUCUCGCGGCGUCCGAACCGGCAGUGCAGACCAAAGACGACCGUGACAUCUCCGACUGGCUGGACUCGAGGCUCGCCAUGAACCGGCCGGUCCUGUACGUCGCGUUCGGCUCGCAGGCCGAGCUGAGCCGGGCGCAGCUUGAGGAGAUCGCCGUCGGGCUGGACCACUCCGGCGUAGACUUCCUAUGGGUGGUCCGGUCAAAAUGGUUCGACACGAAGGAUCGGUUCAACAACAGGUUCGGGAAUAGGGGCAAGGUGGUGGAAGGUUUCAUCAACCAGCUCGGAGUGCUAGGUCACAAGUCAAUCAAAGGUUUUUUCACUCACUGCGGGUGGAACUCGGUGCUGGAGAGCAUCGCCAUGGGCGUGCCAAUACUGGCGUUCCCAAUGGCGGCCGAGCAGAAGCUCAACGCGAAAUUCGUCGUGGACGUGAUCCGCAUGGGGCUCCGGGUUUGGCCAAAAGAAGACGCGGACAAGGAAGGCGGUGGAUUGGUUGUGAGUGGAGACGUGCAGGUGUUGGCAAGGGAGUUGAUCUUCGGAGAGGAAGGGAGACGUGCCGCGGCUAGAGCUAGUGAGCUCUCUGUGUCUUCUAGAAAGACCAUGGAAGUGGGUGGUUCCUCGUUUGAAAACCUGGCAAAGAUGGUACAGGAGGUCAGUGAGAGUGAGACUCAUGCCAAUGGUUUUCCGUACCAAACGAUGUCCAAUUGCCGUGAAACAUUUUGGUGAUUUUAUCUGGACCAAAAGAAGACCAACGAGCAUCGAAAGAAGGCUCGAGGCCUCAAGAGGGGCCCAGAAGCCGACAUGGUGUAGCCCGGGGCGCCCUGAUGGCUUGUGACUCCCUCAUGGCCUCCUGACUCUGUUCUUUCGCUUAUAAAUUCUCAUCUACCUAAAAAACAUCAGAGGGAAUCCCGAAAUACUUUUUACGCUUCUACAAGUCUCUCUUCCGACGGGAGGCCGUCUGGAGCUCCGUUCCGGCACCCUACUGGAGGGGGGAUCGAUCACGAAGGUCCUCUUCA